CCUGAGACAGAGUCUGAACUAGCUAGUUGUUUGUUUGCGUCAGUAUGGUAUUGUUUUGAAUAAGUGUUUGUGAUACUAGUACCUCUUCCUCGAUAACUUUUGGAUGUUUGUUAUCUAGGCUUUACAAGAGUUCAUUGAACUUAGCUUCGGUCACCAUUUGAAGAUCAGCAUUUCCCAAAUGCGAAAUAUGAAGACCUAAAGUUUCCUCAGACCCGUCCUUACUUUCGGCCAAAUGCUGCUGGUCCAAAAUGAUCUCACUUGCUAAAACGAUACUGCUGAGCGUUUGCCUUCGGCUGGUGGGCGAUUAUCAAGAAUAUUCUCUAACUCAACCGGAUCAGUUAAUCGACAAAAUUGUGGAAGACAACAAGGAUUACAUCCCCUCUUGUUUGGGAGCCAUGGACAGGGAGAUCGCCACUCCGACAAAUCUCCUGGGCAUUAAGAUUCCUGUCGCCCUAGUGCAUCUUCCUCCUUUCUUGGACAUCUUGUAUGAGGAUGGUGACCCUAACAACGUCCGCGGUAAAGGGAUGAGCUGGGAUCUGAUGAAUGCUUUGGCCUCUCACUUCAAUUUCACUCCAGUCCCUUUGGUUGCCAAACAGGAUGUCGUUGGUUUAAAAGACGACAAAGGACAAUGGCAAGGCGCCUUACAACUCUUAUACUCCACGGAAGCCGAGUUAACUGUUCUACCGGUGACAUACUCUGAAGAGCGUCAGAAGCACUUCGAAUUCUCUAUGCUCCUCGGGACGACGUCCUUCGGGAUUUUGGUCAAGAGACCUGAGUACACUCCGAAACCAGAUGCCCUUCUGAGCCCUUUUAAGAAAGAUGUUUGGUUCUGGAUCAUAGGAUCAACAGCAGCAAUGGGACCUCUUAUAUAUUUUAUCAUAGUGAUCCGAGUGAGACUGUGCAGAGGAGAUCCUACUCUUACAAGGAUCUUUCCAUUUGACCAGUGCGUAUGGUUUGUCUACGGAGCCAUGAUGAAACAGGGUAGCACCCUCAAACCUGUUUCAGAUUCUUCUCGUAUUCUCUUCGCAACAUGGUGGCUCUUCAUUAUGAUUGUCACUUCCUUCUACACUGCCAACCUCACCGCCUUCCUGACUUUCAACGGCCUCAAACUCCCAAUUCGAAAUAUUCAGGAUUUGACUAAUGAUCCUUCCAUUUCCUGGGUAGCUUACAGCGAGGGUGCCCUUGUCGACAUCAUUAAGAAUCAUGGGAAGCUGGGCAUCUUGAGAGACCUAAGGAACGAGGGAAGAGGAGGCUUCACCGAAUCUCGAUCGGAGGCCUUAAGGCUCGUUGAUGAAGGGACGCAUGUCUACAUAGACGAUAUGCGCAUCUUGAGACACAUCAUUCAGGAAGACUACAAGGUCCAACAGAAAGCAAAUCCCAUGAGGCCUUGUCGUUUCUACACGGCUCCAUUGGCGACUGACAAAGAUCUCACCUUCUGGUAUGGAUACGGCUUCAGGAAAGGCAGUCGGUACAAGAACAUCUUCGACAGGUUCUUUCGACGUCUUUCGGUAUUUGGGAUCAUGGACUACCUGAACCUGAAUGCAACCUCCAAUCUUCCUGUGUGCACUUUACCCAAAGGUUUCAAAGAGAGGCAGCUGCAGACGAAGGACCUCGUGACAACCUACAUUCUUGCAGUCGUUGGCUACGCUUUUGCCUGUUUCUCGCUCAUUGUCGAGUACUUCUGCAGGAGGAAAAAUAGCAAGAAGACGAGAAGCAGAGAAAUCAACGGAGAAUCACCUCUUUCACAUAAUACGAACAUCACCGUGAUGAAUAUUGGACACUCGAAGGAGCGUGCGGUGCCGACGGUGGAAUGGAAUAACUCGGUUUACCCUGCAGUCGUGGCAAAGAAAAUGAGCAACAGGAUUCACCAAAAAAACACGAAAAACAGGAUACUGGAAGCUGACAACGACCCGAAUUUAAUUAAAGGGAGCAUCAGCAAUGUUGACGUAUUGUGGGACAAGAAGAGCAAAAGGUUGAUUAUGGAUGACAUCAGCAAACUAAGGGGUAAUAUCACUGUCGUGGACGGUAUUCCCUACGUUACGUUUCGGUACAAGGAUAAGGCCGGAAUCAGAGUGCAGAAAUUCAUUAUAAGCGAUUUGAUGUAGUAAUGCAAAUAUCA